AUGCCAAAGGUAAAUACUGUAAAAAUUGAUAAUGGAGAAAGUGAUGAAUAUAAUUCAACAAAUCAAUCACCGAGAAAAUUAAAUGAUUCAUCAGGUUUGUCAAAAAAGAAGAGUGGAAAUAUUUCAAGAAAAGCUAGUUCCUUUAUUUAUAAAAUAUCAAAAAAUUAUAAGAAGGGUGUAUCAUUUGUUAAUAAAAAAGGUGAAUAUAUUAUAGGAGAUGAGGAUGCUUCAAAAAUAACAUUCAGAGAUUUUUUGAAUUGCCCAUUAGAAUAUCAUACGAAUGUAAUGGGUACAGUUCUUUUUAUAUUGGGAAGUGCAUUUUUUUUGUAUCCACCUUUAUAUAUAUCGGGUUGUGUUACAUUUGCAAUUGCAUGUGCAUUAUGUUUAUACAGUAAUUUUAUAGGAGCUAUUAAUAAAGAACAAAGGAAAAAAAAUGAAUACUAUGGAUUCAUUCAUUAUAUAAUAGGAUGUGCUAUAUUUAUAUUGGGCUCAAUUUAUAGUUGUUUCGAAAAUGAUAUUUAUUCAAUAAUAACUUUUAUAAUUGGAAGUUUAUUUUUUUUAUGGGGAUCCAUUAUGUUCUUAUUUUCUAUAAAAUUUACUCAAAUAAAAAAUGUUGAUAUUAAUAUUUUAGUUGUAUUCUUUUCCAAUUUUAUUGGAGGAAUUUUAUUUACAGUUGGAAGUGUGUUUUUUUUUUAUCCUCAAUUAUAUGAUGCAGCUUGUUACCUUUUUAUUAUAGGAAGUAUCAUAUUUACUUUGGCUGUAUAUUUUGACUACAUCAUUUAUAUAAAUAAUAAUUUCACCUUGGAUAUUGUAUAA